AUGGGAGAUAUUGAUGACCUAUUUGCUCAGUUAGGGAGCAAACCAAAGUAGCCAUAAUAAAAAUAGUAAAAAGCAUAAAUAUUACCUGAAAAGCCUUAAUAAAAUGUACAAAAAAAGACAGCUAAUUAGCAAUAACAAUCUGCAAAGUAGCCUUCAUAAAAUUAAUAAAUAGAUGUAAAGAAAACUGAAACAAUAGUAGUCGAAUAACCAACUCUUUUCAAGCUGGACAAGAAUAAUAUAUAUGGAAAACUAGAUGCGAAAGAAUAUGCUACCUUAUAAAAUGGAUCUGAAAUUAUAGAAGAGAUAGUGUCAGAUGGAUUUAAGUUUAAAAAUAAAAUAGAUAACAAGGCAUUUUUAAUAGAAAAAUUUUAGCAGCAAUUAAACAUGAAAAAUAAAUAUAAAAAAGAGGAAUUUAAUUCUGAUAUAUGUAAAAAGGCUUUGAAAUAAGUAGGAUAUUUUGGUAUUCCAAAGACAAACUUAAAAUAUGCUACUUUUUUACCUAUGAAUAACAUGUGGAAAACAUACAUAAGACAAUUAAUUUCUAAUGACUUAAAAGAUGAAAACGGAUAUGCUAAAUUUUUAAAAGCAGACUUACAUGGCUCUAUUAUACAAAUAUUAACUAGCAAGUGCUAAUCUUAUGAAGGUAUGCAAGGGAUAGUCUUGUAAGAAAAGCUAAAGAGCUUUAGAGUGAUUACUUAGGAGGAUAAAAUAAUAACUGUUAUUAAAUAAAAUUCUGUGUUUUUAUUUGAAGUGUAUCCUUAAAGAAUAUUCAAAGUUUAUGGUUGCCAUCUGAUGAUUAGACCUUCUGAUAGGAUAAAGUAAAAAUUUAAAAUGAGAGCUGCAUCAUAAUUUGUUUUAGAUAACAGUUGA